CCAUCCGGGGUGGAUCAAUCCACUUCCCCGGUCGCCGCCCGGACGUCCCAUCGGCCCCGGCCAAGACAUUGACAGCAAGCCGACAGUCAAGGGAAGAAAAAGGUGCGUCACACUUUCGCCAGACAGCGGCAAUCACAGAAAUUGCAUCAGUUCCCCUGAGAAUUCCAUGGAGGAUCGACGUUUGUUCCUCGCCACUUGCGGCCCUGACCCACCUUUGACGUACGGCUGUCGUCGCUAUGAAAUCAUGAUGGACCUCGUGCUCCGGAUGCAGUGAGCAAGCAAAUGGCGCCCCAAUCGUGACCGGAGGCAUUGCUCAGUCAAUCAAUGAUCGUCUUGACAUCAGAUGACCAGGGAAUUCGAUAUCUGUCAUGACGAUUGUGUCAGGUCAGUGCCCUGGCACAAAUUGCAGACACAAAGAUAAAAGGCAAUCACGACCCACGAGCAAGCCAACCGGGGCAAGCACCUGUGAAACAAUCCACUGCCACAUCAACAAUGGAGUAUAAGACUCAGGCUCGCCAGCAUCCCACACUCUCCCCAGAGAUGCAAGCCACCACCACCGACGCCAACAUGCCACGCGAUCCUCACACACCCCACGUCGCCCCCCGACUCACCGACCAUGACGAUCCCGCCAUCCACGCCAUGGAAGCCGUCUACGGACCCUUGACGACCCUGAUGGACCACGAAGUCACCACGUGGACACCACCACCCGGCUCUGGCGGCCAUCUCGGCCGCUACCUCUGGACCGACGCCUUUGGCGUCCUCAACUUUAUCACCCUCGCCGAGGAACUCGACUCGUCCAAGUACCUCGCCUUCGCCAUGGCCCUCGUCACCAGCGUCCACGACACCCUCGGCCGUACGCGCGAUCAGUCUCGCCGCCUCGACCACGCCACCGACAAGGAGCCCCUCAAGGGCGGCCUGCGCAUCGGCAAGGCCCACGAGACUGGCGACGACGGCGACGGCCAGUACCACCAUUACCUCACCAUGUGGAUGUUUGCCCUCAACCGACUGUCCGUCGCCACGGGUGAUCCACGCUACAACGACCUCGCCCUGCAACUCGCUCAGGCCAUCCACCCGCGCUUCUUCGUGCAUGGCGUCGAGGCUACGCGGAUGGUGUACAAGAUCAGCGUCGACAUGGAGACCGUCCUCAACCCGCGAGAGGGCAGUCUCGACGCCAUCCUCGGACUCGGGGUGUUUCGUCUCCUGCAGGCGACGGCAGUCACGCAAGGUCGUCAGAGUGGUCUUUUGAAGCAGGAGAUUGCCGAGUAUGAAGAAAUUCUGCGACGAGACGGACGGGUGCGACCAAGCUCAGAUCUGCUGGACCUAGGCAUGGGAUUAUGGGCGACAAGUCUGUUUCCCGGAGAGGAGUGGGCCCAAGCCUACCGCGAGGCGUCCUUGGCCCUGGCCGAGAAGCACCUCGACCCGCAGUCCCCCCUGCUGCAGCGCGACCCGAGCCAUCGACUUGCUUUCCGGGAGUUUGGGGCCUGCCUUGGGAUACUGUGCGACGACGUGGAGAAUGCCAAGCUGACAGACGACGUGCGGAGUGUCUUGAGCUUUUGGGAGCAUCAUGUUGCUCAAGGGAAGGGUGAGAGCGUGCAGCCUAUUUCGAAGGUGAUGUAUGCUGCCUGUCGGCAUCCAGGAGCUUUCAAGGUCUCCUACCUACUCGGCAAAAAGUUGCCUGAAGGCCUGUGAUGGCCACGGCACUGGUGUGACGCCACAUGUACAAGUAUUAUGCAUCUGGGGUUUGGGGAGCGUAUUUGUCAUUUCACUUGUUGAUCCAUAAGA